AUGUUCGGCGUGGCCCAGAUGUGCCGGAGCGGCGUACUGCGCCGCCUUUUGGGCAAGGCCCGCGCGCCCGUAGAUAGGUCAGUGAGCGCGGGGCGCGCGUCUGCUCCGGCGCCUAUUGAUCGCCGCCGCCGCCGCCGCCGCCGCCUCCCGGCGGCCGACCGCCCAGUCCCGCUCCGGCGCUGCUGCGAGCCACACUGGCCGCCAGUCCGCCGCCCCCGCCGCCCCCGCCGCCGCCGCCGCUCGCCACUCGCCUCCCGCUGGGCCUCUAGUCGCUGCACGCGGUCACCGUCACCGGCCGGCGGAGGUGUCCCACAACUCGGCGCGAUGUCGUCUUCUAAGGGCGAAGCGGCCGCCAAGGCGGCUUCGAAGCCCGUCAGCGGCUCCAGUAGCGUGGCACCGGCCAAGACUUCGCCGCCGGCAGCGGCUGCGCCCAAGACCGCCGCUGCUACCACCAGGGCACCGGCGUCCAAGUCCGCUGCUCCUGCUGCUGCUGCCGGUGGUGGCUCUCCGCCGAAAACUGCGCCCAGCUCUUCCACAGGUAAGACGCCGCCCAAGUCGAAACCGGCGACCGCGUCUGCUUCGGCGCCCUCGAAAGCGCCAGUGUCGAAGACGAGUGCACCGUCUGCUGCAGUUAAGCCGACGGCGGCGGCUGCGAAGUCUGUCGCCCCGAGUGUCACUAGUGCCACAACGGCUUCCAAGACGCCUCCAGCUACGUCGGCGCAGGCUAAAACUACCACAACUGCCGCGGCUAAAGACCCGAAGCCGUCGAGUGCUGUGACGAGUGCUAUUCCGGUGUCUUCGACACCUGCAGUGUCUUCGACGAGCGGCGUCCCGAAACCUACCACAGUGGCUUCCAAGUCUGCGGCACCUAAGACCGUAUCCCCUACGACCAGUGCUCCCUCAGUGUCGAAGGCGGCUACACACGCGAAGACGACAUCCCCGAAAUCUGCAACACUUCCGAGUACCACUACUGUCCAGUCUCCGAUUACUUCGACGAGCAGUGACGCGAAAGCUCCACCUGUAACUGGAAAAUCUGCGCAGAUCUCUGUUGCGAAGCUCCCACCUGCUUCUGUGCCUGUCACAACUGCACAGCCGCCAUCUAAGACGUCUCCUGUGACCCCGAAAACUGAUCCCGCGAAACAGCCGAAAACUACUGCAAUCACCGGUUCGAAACCAACCACAACACCGAGCGCCACAACAGCCCCGUCGGUGUCGAAAACGUCUCCAGUUACUUCGGUUCCUACAUCUGCAACGCAGGUAAAGUCUACGUCGACAGCUCUUCCGAAGGCUGACGCAAAAGUGACGUCCGCAACAGCGACUAGUGUAACAAGUGCUGCCGCUGCGGAGGCCAAGACGUCGACGGCUAAGGAGAAGGUUAGCGCAAUUCCCAUGACCGCUGUUCAGUCUGUUCCGAAGUCUGAGACUGUUUCUCCAGCGCCGAGAGAUCAGAAGGGUUCUACACCUGAUGUCGGCAAGACCUCCGCUGUCGCAACUACAGCUUCGGCGACGCCUGCAACAACUGCUGUAUCUACUGCCGCGAAGACUACGGCUGCAUCCACAGUGGCAAAAACACCUGCAGUUACUUCGAUUCCUGUCGCCGCACCGGUGAAGCCGACAGCGAGCGCCUCUACUAGUGCCCCCUCAGUGCCGAAGACAGUCACUGCGACAGCUACCGUUGUCCCUGAACCUACCACCACCGGCGCUCUGAAGACGGCAGAGUCGAAGCUUCCCAGAUCCGCGACAUCUGUCGUCUCGACGGCUCCGUCGGUUUCGAAGCCACCUCCGGCGGCGGCAGUGUCAUCUGCGGGUAAAAUUACCCCAGCUACAGUCUCGAUACCACAAGCGACCCCGACUGUGAAGACGGCGGAACCCAGUUCGGUCCCGAAGACCGUUGCGCACCAAGAGCUCAAGACGGCACCGUCAGCGUCAAAGACGACAGCUGCCGUGUCGAUAGCGACAGUGCCAGUUACAACGCCAGCUCAGAAGGCAGAGACUACCAAGGUGACAGCCACUUCUGCGAGCACCACGCCCUCCGCGACUAAAAACGCAAGUGUUCUCCCGGCCCCGCAAGAAGCGACCGAUCGAAAACUAGCAGAGCAGCAGGGAGCUAAGGUACAGCCACCCGCUGUGCCGAAGACGUCAGCUGCAGUGACGACAGCUGCUACAACAACAGCUCCGGGGACUUCGGCGGCACAGCAGACCCCAGCGGGCACGAGUGUCGGGGCGCCUGUAACGAGCAGCAGCGCAGCGCCUGCCAGUGUGGCUCCGGCUGCAAAACCCACAGCCGCUACCACAGCUGCGGCCGUCUCUAAAAUGCCGACCUAUUCGGCGGCUGCGACACCGGCGGCUACUGCUGCCACUUCGGCGAAGAAGCAACCUGCGACGACGGCGGCAGCAGCGGAUUUGAGAGCAGUGCCGGUCCUGCCUAAGGCCGUCACUUCUGCGGGGACGCCGGUGUCAAGGCUGUCGCCUUCCGGUAUGAAGAUAUUCACACCCGUGACGGCGACGGCAGCGUCGGCCGUGGGCAGAGUAUCCCCCAUCACGGCGACGGCGCCCUCCGCCUCCGGGACGACGCCGGCCUUCACCAGGACCGUCCCCUCCGUGACGAAAGCGUUCUCCGCGGUGACGGCCGCGACGGGGGCCGUCACCGCCCCCCCGGCAGCGCCGCCGGCGUUCGUGUCGGCGCCCGGUGCGACGGGGCAGAAGCCGCCGCAGCCGGUGCCGCUGGUGGCGAGUUUGCCGACGAGCCUGCCGCACGCGGCCACGGCGACGGCGGUGCUCGCGGGGAAGGCCGCCUCCCCGCCGGGCUGGGGCGGCACCGGAGCCGCCUCGCCGGUGGCGGCCGGCGCUCCGCCGUCGUGGGCGGCGGCGGCGUCAGUCCCGCGGUCGACGCCCUGCGCGUCGAGGUCGCUGUCCCCGGCGACGCCGACGCCGACGCCGCCGCCACCGGCGCUGCCGCCACCCUGCCACUCGCCGGCGCCCUCCGGGGUCGCAUCGCCGGCCAACAGCGCACCCACGCCGUCGUCGGUGCGGUCUCCCGUGGCGGCCACCCCUCCUUCCGGGACCGCCGCAGGGUCGCCGAUGACGCCGCCGCUGCCGCUGCACAAGGCGGUCGCCCCGGCGACCAAACCUGUCCCGACCGCGACGGCCGUUUCCGUGACGACGUCGAGUGCGACCGCGACCAAGACGAUCCUGGCGGGCGACGCGUCGCAGGCCGGAAAGGACGAGCAGCAGCAGCGGCUGCACGAGAUACACAAGUACGACCGCGACGACGAGGAAGACGAGGACGAGGAGCGCGCCGGCGGCCAGGCGUCCAAGGCGCGGGGCUUCCUCGACCUGUGGGACACGGACGACCGGUGCUCGGUGGCCAACUCGCAGGUGCCGCUGCAGGACGACGCCACGUCGCGCGGCUCGGCGCUCACCGACCACGAGCCGGAGCGCGGCACGUGGACGGGCCGCUUCGACUUCCUGCUGUCGCUGCUCGGCUACAGCGUCGGCCUGGGCAACGUCUGGCGCUUCCCCUACCUCUGCUACAGCAACGGCGGCGGGGCGUUCCUGAUCCCGUUCUCGGUGAUGCUGGUGAUCGCCGGGCUGCCGCUGAUGUUCAUGGAGCUGAGCUUCGGGCAGUUCGCGAGCCUGGGCCCGGUGGCCAUCUACCAGGCGUUCUGCCCGCUGUUCCGCGGGCUCGGCUACGGCAUGGUGAUCGUGUCGGCCAUCGUGAUGCUCUACUACAACCUCAUCAUCGCCUGGACCAUCUUCUACAUGUUCGCGUCGCUGCGGCCGGUGCUGCCCUGGCAGAACUGCGAGCCCGAGUGGAGCACCGACACGUGCUACUCUUACGAAGAGGCAGACGCGUGCGCGGCACUCAACGGCACCUACUUCCGGCAGCGGUGCUACAACGCCAGCGAGGCAGCCGCCGCCAACAUAUCCGGGCUGGCGGAGCGCGCCAACCGCCGCCCUCCCGCCGAGGAAUACUUCACAAAUUAUGUUCUGGGGCUAUCGGAUGGCAUUGAGUACACUGGCGAAGUUCGACUGUCCAUGGCGACAUGCCUUCUGAUGGCGUGGGUAAUUGUCUUCCUGUGUCUGUGCAAAGGGGUGCAAUCGUCGGGGAAGGUGGUUUACUUCACUGCACUCUUCCCAUAUGUGGUACUGGUUCUUCUGUUUGUCAGAGGAGUAACUCUACCAGGUGCUUCCACAGGAAUUCUUUUCUACCUUACUCCAGACUGGAACCGUUUGGCUAAUGCUCAGGUCUGGGGAGAUGCUGCAGUGCAGAUAUUUUUUGCAUUGAGUCCAGCUUGGGGAGGUCUCAUUACUCUUGCAUCCUACAACAAAUUCUCCAACAACUGUUACAAGGAUUCUCUUAUUGUGGCCAUAUCAAACAUACUGACGUCAUUCUUUGCGGGCCUGGUCAUUUUUUCUGUGAUUGGAUUCCUUGCUCAUGAGUUGAAUGUGGAAGUAAAAAAAGUUGUGGAUCAGGGUGCAGGGCUAGCCUUCAUUGUUUAUCCAGAAGUAGUGACACACUUACCUGUCUCACCAUUGUGGUCCUUGCUUUUCUUCGUGAUGUUACUUACACUGGGCCUCGACUCACAGUUUGCUCUAAUGGAGACUGUUACAACAGCCCUGCUUGACCGUUUUCCAAGUCUGAGGGGCUACAAGAUAUGGGUGGUUAUGGUAGUAUCUGUCUUUGGAUACUUUGGUGGCCUUAUAUUUACAACAAAUAGUGGUAUGUACUGGCUCCAGUUGGUGGACAAAUAUGCAGCCAACUGGUCAGUCCUAUUGAUAGCUAUUGUGGAAUGUAUUAUCAUUUCCUGGGUCUAUGGUGCUAACAGGUUUCUUGCCGAUAUACAGGAAAUGAUUGGUCCACAAUCAGAAACAUGGAAGUUUUUUUGGAGGUGGAUGUGGAAAAUUGUAACUCCUGCAGCCUUAUUGUUCAUUUUGUUCUUCAAUUGGAUUGAGUAUGCUCCAGUGAGUUAUGGAGAUUACAAGUAUCCAAGAUGGGCAGAUGGUGUUGGAUGGGUUAUUGGUGUCUUCCCUGUAUGUGUCAUUAUUGGAAUGGGCAUAAUGAAGAUCCACUCUGUGACAGAAGGAACAUUUACUGAGAAAAUACGUUUCUUAGUCCGACCAACUGGUGACUGGGGCCCAGCACAUUGCCGUGCAAGCAACCCUCCAACAUAUGAGAGUGUGAGGAACACUAUUGUUUUGGUCAAUGGCCUUCCUGUGAUAAGAGAAUCUGCUUCAGCUGCUGCUCCCGGACAUGACCCAUCAGAUCCUUUAGCGGACAAUCGUCUCUGAGAGUGGGCCCCACCCGGGCCAGCACCGCAGCCCGGGCCUAGUAUCCUCAAGAAAACAGCUGUAUCAGGUGUGAGAGAAGCGGCUGAAGCCCAUCCAGUAUAGUGAUAAAAUUAAGUACACCAGGAGAACUACAAAUGUUUAAUCUUUCCCCAUUAUGGGAUACCGAGAUUAUUAUGUCUCACUUAAUAAGUGGGAUAACAUUAAAGAGAAAAGACAUACAUCAUAUGAUGAAAUAUUUGUGUAUUUUUGGGAUUUGUUUGAGGUACAGAAGGGAAGUAAAGAGUUUUCUUUUCUGUCCCUCUAACAGUCAGAGCCAUAAACAUUUUUUUAUUUAUUAUUCCACUUCCUAACCAUUGUGGACAUAAUAUUGAAUUUAUAUUUUUACAGCUGCUGGAAAUAGAUGUUUGAAUUGACAGAGUUGACCGAUUGUUGUUAUCUUCAAGAUAUUUAUGUGUGGCCUCAUUAUAAGACUUGUAAAAGUGAACAAUGUUCCAGUAUUGACUCCUUCAGUGUGCCUAUGUGCACACAUAUUGUGGGAGCUGAAAACAAAUCAGGAAUUACAUGUAAAGUGUUGCAGAGUGGUUAAUUUCUGUGGUGAUAUGUGAUAAUAUGAGGUGUCACGUAUACCUCCUCCUAGUACACUAAAUGUGGAUCCAGCAGGUCUGUGUACUACACAUUAAGUGGGUGUUAGGUGCUACUGUAGGAUAACAAGGGGGCUUAUUCAACACUACAGUAAGAACCUGAAAGGUUCUUUCAUCAAAGAUGAAACAUUAAGAAAGCUCCAUGAAGAAAUUGUGGAUCAUAUUUUGAGAGCUAUCAUCUUUCAGCUUCUUCUGGGGUCAGGCAAUGACUUUCAGCCAUUACAAACACCACAAUACUGGAAAUAUGGAGAUAAAUAUGGUUUGUCAUUGCAGACAGUUUCUAUUAAAAGAAAACAAUAUAAGGGUAUCAGUGCAGUUAGUAAAUAGCAGUGCAGUGACUGACAAGCUCUGGAAAAGUUUUACAAGUGAUCUUAAUUUGCAUCAGUUAGUAAGUACCCUGUAGAUUUACAAGGUACAAUUUGUCAAAUAGAAACCACUGUCCCAUACCAAAUAGAAAAAAAUAAUCCUAUCCCUCUAGGCACAAGUGCUACAUAUUUGGUACGAAGAUAGAGAAGUGAUUCAUUAGUGAAUCAAUUAACUGUGCUGUGAUCAAAUCAUCUCAUUAUCGAAGUUAAAAGAGAAAGUAGAAAGAACACAAUUAUUUACACUGCUCAUAAUAAAUUAAGGAUAAGGUGACUUAAGAUAUUCUAGGAGAAAGUAUAGAUUUAUAUGUAGACCUUCACUGUAAAAACUGGAAUCGAGUAAUUAAUGUGUUAAACUACAAAAAAUUUUAUGGAGUUGUUGCUAAACAAAAGAUUAAGGAGUUUAUAGGAAUGGGUGGAAAGGCUAGCAUUGUUAUCAGCUGUAGGAUCAAAUAGAUGAUUGUUGAAGUUAUCAAACAUAUAUGUAUAUAUAUAUAUAUAUAGCCUUUUAUUUUGUGUGAAUCAGAUGGUCUGUAAUAAUAAAUUAUUGUUGACAUGGAGGAAACCAAAAUACAUAGGAACAUUAACACUGGAGAUUUACGAGCAAGAACAAGUUAAACAAAAAAAUCUAUAUUUGUCAUUUAUAAUAAACAGCAGUGAAGAGCUGAAUGUAAAUAUGAACCCAUUUAUAUGAAAAAGUUACUAGUUUUAUCCCUGUAACAGAUAACUGUCAGAGGAUUUCAUAGAUAUUGGUACAGAUUUUUAUAGAUAACUGUGUUAUCAUUUCAAAUAUUCUGUAUGUUAUUUAGAGAAAUAAAUUUAUUGUUUUUGUUA